AUGCUCUUAGCUACAGCAAGAGCAUGGGCGUACGUAGAUUCGGACUGCACGUAUAACCUCAUUACGAAGAGUGCGAUACAGCGUAUAGGUGUGGAACCGGACGGCCUGUACGAAGGACCGCCGUUGAGUGGGUUAGAUGACAUGGGGGAAUUGAGCCCUUCCCACAUGGUAGCGUGGCAGCAGUUGGAGUCGUACCUCCUGUCACUGAUCAGGUGGCAAUGGCUUAAGGAUACCAAUGUGCCUGUUCCUUCGAGGGUGAAAGCCAUUCUGGAAAUUAGCAAGAAUGGUAGGCCAGUCUCGCCUCGCAGAAAGCGGCGUAAGGUAGGUUGGAGGUCGGCUGGUGCAGCCGUGGCCAUGCGCCAAUUGGCUGAGGAGUAUGCGUGGCAUGGUAAGGUAGCGGGAGAGGCUUGGGAACAGUCUAGUGAGGCCUCGGAUGGGGAGGUGUAUGAGCAGGAUUUAAGCGAGGAAGUCCCCGCUGCUCGUGUACGAAUGUGGUCCCUCGACCCAGAGGGGUUAGGGCAGGACAAUGUGACGCAUCGGGAACCGAAAGGUCCUGUGUCUAGUAUGCGGACCCCUAACCCUGAAGGGCAGGGGGGGUGCUGA